CGCGCAGGGCCGGGCGAGCGGCGCUCCCGGGAAGGGCCGGUGGUUCCCGCCCCGCGCCCCGGCAGCGGCUGCCCGAGGGGAGCGGCGCCGGGUGGUGCCCCCGCCGGGGCUCAAGCCGUCGGGAAGGCCCGAGGUGCGGGGCGCGGGCAGGAGCGGGCGGCUGGCGCCCUGGUCCCUGCGGCGUGGCGGGCCGCCAGCCCGCGGGGCGAGCGAGGCCAAGGUCGGGGCCGGCUGUGUCUGAAGAGGCUCCCUGAAGCGUGCUGGUCCCACGGCGUGUAGGUGUCUACAUUGGGGAAGAGAAAUUGGGUUCCCAGCUGUGUCAAACACAGCUGCUCUCAUGCACACUUCAGUACUGCAUCUGUAAUGAAAAGAUGGAUCUGGGAUCACAUUCCACUCUAAACCAACACCUGCAACAGACAGGAAUUUCAACUGGAUCACAAGAUAAAGCUUCAGUUCCUGAUUCUGGACCAGAAAUGGCUGAACCUCGGGUGGCUGUGGCUCCUGUGGUAACGUCAAAGCUGUCUGUUAAAGCACCUGAGUUUUAUCCACCAGGAUACAGCCAGAACUUCAAUCAGAACUUCACAGAUUCUCCCUUUGACGAUAGAUAUGAUGGCUAUCUGACUUUGGCAGAAUAUGUACAAGACUUCCUAAAUCACCUUACCGAGCAACCAGGUUGUUUUGAAACUGAAAUAGAGCAAUUUGCUGAAGCACUGAAUGGCUGGGUCACUGCAGAUGAAGCUUUGCAAGAACUUGUCGAACUCGUCUAUCAACAGGCCACAUCUGUCCCAAAUUUUUCCUACAUGGGAGCACGACUGUGUAACUACCUAUCUCACCAUCUAACCAUUAGUCCACAAAGUGGGAACUUCCGGCAGUUGUUACUUCAAAGGUGUCGGACAGAGUAUGAAAACAGAGAUGAAGCCACCAAAGGAGAUGAGACUACUCGAAAACAAUUUCAUGCCUUUGUGCUGUUCUUAGCCGAACUUUACCUGAACCUAGAGAUUAAAGGAACUAAGGGACAGGUAACAAGAGCAGAAAUACUUCAAGAAGGCCUUCGAGAAUUACUAAAUGCACUCUUCUCCAAUCCUGUGGACAGUAAUUUGAUAUGUGCUGUGAAACUGCUGAAGUUGACAGGCUCAGUUUUAGAAGAUGCCUGGAAAGAAAAAGGAAAGAAUGAUAUGGAGGAAGUGAUUCAGAGAAUUAAAAACGUUGUGUUGGAUGCAAACUGUAGCAGAGAUGUGAAACACAUGCUUCUAAAACUAGUAGAAUUGCGAUCAAGUAACUGGGGUAGAGUUCAUGGAACUUCUCCUACUACAGAAGCUACCCCUGAAAAUGACCCAAACUAUUUUAUGAAUGAGCCGACAUUUUAUACUUCUGAUGGUGUUCCGUUCACUGCAGCAGAUCCAGAUUACCAAGAAAAAUACCAAGAGCUUCUUGAAAGAGAAGAUUUGUUUCCAGAUUAUGAAGAAAAUGGAACAGAUUUACCAGGAGCUGGAGAUCCAUAUUUCGAUGACCUUGAUGAUGGGAUGGAUCCAGAAAUUGAAGAAGCAUAUGAAAAAUUCUGUCUAGAAUCAGAACAUAAGAGAAAAGAGUGAGAUGUUAUACAUUAAUGUUAGUUUAUUAAACCAGUUUAGGUAUGGUUAUAAUACAUGGGGAUAAAAAAUAUUUGUACCACAAUAAGGAACUUGAGUUUCUCCAAGUACUAAAGUUACACAACUUCCUUUUUGUUUAGCAGAAUCUGCCAAAAAUUGUAAACUUAUGCCCUGUAACUUAAAAUGUUGUGUAUAUAUCAUAGUUUAUUUUAUGUACAGGUAUAUGAACAAUGUUUUGGCUGCAAUAAAAAUUAUUUUAAAGUUAUAAUAAUUGAAAUUAAAAUGUAAUGAGGAACUGUCCCAUAAGAUUUCCCUUGAGGGAGAAAGGAGAAGAAUAACUUGAUCUGAAUUUAAUUGUUUGCUUGCUUGUUUUAGCAUAUAUUGGGGAUAUACUUGUUGUUCUUACCAUGUACAAGAUACUUGGUAUUUGAUAUUUAAUUUUUUUUGCUAAUGAGAGUAUGAGCCAAAUAAGAAAAUUUUUUCUGUAGAUCACAAUCAAGUAGUAGUUGUGAAGGUUUUGUUUUGUGUGGAUGGUUUUUUUUUGUUUAUUUCCUUUUUCUUACUCUUCCAAAACCCUUACAGAUGAGGUAAGGUGAGGACUUUUUUUUCCUGGAAUACAUACGUUAUAUAUUGUUAUGUGAAAAAGCAAGCAGUAUUUUGGAAGUCAGGUGCUUUCAAGGUCCUUGGUCCAGAUAAACUUAUAUUCAACUUUUACAAGCAAACCCAUCCUUUAAUUUUUUGUGUUCUUCAAGACUGUAUGAAUAUAGUUAAAUUUUAACCCAUGCUUCUCAAGAGUAUGUGCCGUGGUUGGUUUUGUUGUUUUGGGGUUUUUUAUUUGAAUGUAUCUUAACGUGUCUAAUUUUCUGGCAACCCUUGUAACUUUCUCCAUUCUUCUAAUUUUAUGUUGUUUGAUUUAAUUUUGUAGUUGGAGUAAAUUCAUAUAUUUCAUAAACGUUAACAUUGUGUAGCCAACUGCUCUUUUUUGACCCCCAUAUAAUCAUGUUAGUUUUCCUAGGAUACUCCAUUGUUGUUGCUGCCAAACUCAGCUGUACUGUUCCCUGUUAUCCAUUACUGCUUAGACUGAAUUGAACUCCUUACCAAAAAGGCAUUAAAAUAUUUCCCAAAAGUUAUCUACUGUAAAGAACACGUUGUAAAUAUGCAUGUAAAUAAUUCUGUUAAUAUUUCACUUUUCUUUGGCUAGACAACUUGUGCAUCUGCUAAUGGAGUGAGCACUGACUGUUUUCUGGAUGUUUAUUUAACAUACUUAUUUAGGUUGGAGUUUUGGAAAAUAAAAAUUAACUAGCUUUGUUUCCUUUGGUACAAUUUCA